AUGAAGAUAACAUCCAAACAACAACAUGUAACAAUGAGGUCUCCGAGACUAGUACAGGUAACAAAAACAACAUGGAAACAACAACUCAAAAUGAACCAAGAAAUGAACAAGAGAACUCCACUUUGGAAAGAAAUACAACUUUUAGCUCCA